AUGGCUCAAGAGCUCGAUUUGGAAUUGGGUUUGGCUCCACAUGAACCAUGGAUUGUAAAGAAGAAAAUAACCGAGACUGAUCUUCGUUAUGGCGGUUCGGUUAUUCUACCGAAACAAGAGUUUGAAACUUUUAUAAUACCGCAGAUGGAACGUGGUUUGGUCGAGAAUUUGGGAAACGGUGUUGAAGUGAAAGUCCAUAUUGUAGAGGAAGGUCAUGAAUCUAAUGAUUACACACUAACGCUGGUCAAGUGCAAUGGGAGUUAUAUGUUGAGUGGAGGAUGGCACAAUAUGGCUAAAGCUAACGGUUACAAACCAAACGAUGAAAUUGGACUUAUGUGGGAUAAGUGA